AGGAAGGGGAGGUGUUUGUUUAACUGCCUUCGCGCCCACAUUCACUGCAUGACUUUCUUGGUGCAAGAUUUGGUUUAUUGACACCUGCAGUAAUGGCUGGAAGAAAGGUAUUCUGCGGCAUCUUCGUCAUUAUUUUGAUAAUAACUGUUACAGUCAUAGGUGUCUAUUAUGGGAGAAACCAGCCUAAGGACAGUCCGCCCCCUCCAACAGUCUGUCUUGUUGGAAAUUUCAGUAAAGCUGCAGUUGCUGCUGACUCAGAAAAUUGCUCGGAAGUUGGACGAGAUAUCCUGUUUUCUGGCGGCUCGGCGGUAGAUGCUGCAAUAGCUGCUCUGCUGUGCACGUCAGUCGUAAACCCGCAGUGCAUGGGCAUUGGAGGAGGAGUGAUAUUCACCAUAAUGGACAAAAAUGGUACAGUGAAAACAAUCAACACCAGAGAAACUGUUCCAAAGAACUUCAGAGGAAAUCUCUCGGACUGCUCAUAUGACAGUACAGGUAGUCAGUGGAUCGGUGUGCCUGGUCAGAUCCGUGGUUAUGAGCAUGUUCACAGGCUGUAUGGUCGUCUGCCCUGGUCCCGUCUGUUCCAGCCCACUAUCCGCAUGGCCAGAGAGGGGGUCAAAAUCUCUGAAAUACUGGCGCGUUAUCUCUCCAUCACCGAAAGGCAAAGUACACGCCCAGUUGUCCACAUAGCCCAAGCUGUUGAGGGCGCACCAGCUGCGGAGCCAGGGAAGCGGUCUGGAGAUGACGAUCCUGGCGUCCGUCUUCUUCCUGGCGGCGUCCAGUAG